AUGGCGGUGUGCGGCCGGAAGGUAUGGCGAGCCUCGGUGGCGGAGCUCGUCGGCACGGCGGUGCUGGUCUUCGCGAUGGACACGAUCGUCAUUUCCUCCUACGAGACCAAGACCGAAACGCCCAACCUGGUAAUGUCGGUCGUCAUCGGCGGCAUCGUCACGAUCCUCCUCCUCGCCACGUUCCCGAUCUCCGGCGGCCACCUCAACCCGGUGAUCACCGUCGCCGCCAUGUUCACGGGCCUGGUGUCCGUCUCGCGGGCCGCCAUCUACAUCGCGGCCCAAUGCGCCGGCGCGGUGCUGGGGGCCCUGGCCCUGAAGGCCGUGGUGAGCGGCGCAAUCGAGGACACGUUUUCGCUCGGCGGAUGCACGCUCAACGUGGUCGCUCCGGGCCCAAACGGGCCCGUUGUGGUUGGGCUUGAGACGAGUCAGGCCCUGUGGCUGGAGAUUAUAUGUACGUUUAUAUUUCUGUACGCGUCGAUAUGGAUGGCGUUCGACGGGCGGCAGGCCAGGGCGUUGGGCCGGGUCGUGGUGUUUUCGAUAAUUGGGCUUGUGGUGGGCUUGAUUGUUUUCAUUUCGACGACGGUGACGGGGGCGAAAGGGUACGCUGGGGUUGGGAUGAACCCGGCGAGGCCGCUGCUGAAAUCAGAGAAAGAGGAGAUGAAGCAGCUUGAUCAAGCCAUGUCACUCCAUUCCUUUCUUGGGCUGCAAGAUCUCUUCUCGCAAAAUAUUUGGAGGGCGGCGGUGGCAGAGCUCAUCGGAACGGCGGCGUUUGUCUUCUGCAUCGACGUCAUCGUGAUCUCAUCACUUGAAUCACAAGCCACCAUGCCGAACCUCGUCCUCGCCUGCCUCAUCGCCGUCAUCGUCCCGAUCCUAGUCAUCGCCACGUUCCCGAUCUCCGGCGGCCACGUCAACCCGCUCGUCACCUUCUGCGCCUUCCUAUUGGGCCUGGUCUCGCUCUCCAAGGCCCUGAUCUACAUUCUGGCCCAAUGCCUGGGGGCCAUUCUGGGCGCUCUGGCCCUCAAGGCCGUGGUCAGCAGCGCGAUCGAGAGCAAAUUCUCGCUGGGUGGGUGCACAGUCACUGUCGUCGCGCCUGGGCCCAAUGGGCCGAUUAUCACUGGGCUUGGGACGGGCCAGGCCCUAUGGCUGGAGAUCAUUUGUGGGUUUGUUUUCUUGUUUGCUUCGGUUUGGAUGGCUUUUGACGGGCGGCAGGUUAGGGCUUUGGGCCGGGUGACGGUGUGUGUGAUUAUUGGGAUUGUUUUGGGGGUGCUGGUUUUUGCUUCGACGACGGUGACGGCGGCGAGAGGGUACGGCGGGGCUGGGUUUAAUCCGGCGAGGUGUUUGGGCCCGGCGGUUGUGAGAGGUGGGCAUUUAUGGGAUGGGCAUUGGGUGUUUUGGGUUGGGCCGGGGGUUGCUUCGGUGGCGUUUGUUUUGUACGUCAAGGUUAUUCCACGGGAGCAUUUCCAUGAAAUAGAGCGAGUGAGCAAGUGA